GCAAUGGGGACUGACUCGGAAGGUGAACGUAUUAAGGAUCCCAUGAGAAAUAUUGUACCGAUUCUGCUGGAUACAAAUGUCACAACACAAGAUAAGAUUCGUAUUAUACUGUUGUACAUCCUCUCUAAAAAUGGAAUAUCAGAAGAAAACUUAGCAAAACUAAUCCAACAUGCUCAGAUUCCAGCUGUUGAGAAAUGCAUCAUUACGAACAUGGUGCACCUGGGUGUCAAUAUUGUGACUGAUGGAAGCCGAAAGAAAAUUUAUCAAAUCCCCAGAAAGGAACGCAUAACAGAACACACCUAUCAGAUGUCACGAUGGACUCCUGUUAUCAAGGAUCUCAUGGAGGAUGCUGUUGAGGAUAAAUUGGAUAGCAAGCAUUUUCCUUUUCUGGCUGGUCGAGUUGCACCAACAGCAUAUGGACGUCCAACUCCAACAAGUGUGAGGUAUGGCCACUGGCAUAAAGAUAAGAACACACCAAAUGUGAAGAAUGUCCCACGUGUAAUUGUUUAUAUCAUUGGAGGCGUCACUUAUUCCGAGAUCCGCUGUGCAUAUGAAGUAACAAAAGAGCUGAAAAACUGGGAAGUCAUGAUUGGAUCUGACCACAUCCUUAUACCUGAAGGAUUUCUCAGCGACCUUCGGGAUCUCAGUAGCUAACAACAUAAGAGUUGUCACUGGACCGGAAAACAAAAGCUACUUCUAACUGCUAAAUCUAUAGAUUCUAAGAUGUACGCUUAGAAUUGUCAACUGUUUUUGUUUAGAAUUGAUGUUUACUUGAUUCUUUCUAGAGAAUAUUUAUUGUUUUGUAAAGACAAAAAUUCUUAGAAAAAAAAAUUGACUUAUCGACUAAUUUGUUGUUAUACUGUUGUGCUAAUGUGCACGUAUGAUAGUCCUUGUUAAACAAUAUUACACACAUAUACAAAUAUAUAAUCCUAGGAUAAAUCAUUUUCACCUCUAGCAUACAAAAUUAGCAUAGUGCGCUUAAAGUAUUUGUGUAUAGGAAUAUAGAUUAAUAAUUAUAUCACUAAUAUAUUUAUGUGUGACCUUUCAUUAGGAAUAAUAAAACGUUAUAUCAAAGUACACUGUUUGAUUAGAAGUGUUAUAAAAAUCUGAAAAGCAUUUCUUUUUUUAGAUCUGUAAUUUGUUUUAUUAGAUUGAUUAUUACUUUAAUUCCUUAUGUCUGACUGAAAAAAAAAGUCAGAAUUUUUAUAAUUUUAAAGAGGCAUACUUUUCUAUCAAUUUUAGAAAUGCUAAAAUCAAUUUAGCACACAUUUUUCAAGCUGAAAUAUAUUUGUAUAAAAUUUGGCACUUCUGGCAUUUGGUGAAUUCAAGUUAAAAAUAGUUACAAAAAGCUAAUAAGAAACAUCGUUCCUCAGACUUAAUUAACCUCAAAAUUUGUAGUUGAAAGUGGUGGCUACAAUAAUUGUCAAAAAUAAGUAUUAAAAUUUUUUUUAAAUAAAUAUCAAUCAAUAUGAAACUAACUGGAUAUAUAAAUUGGAAAUUUCAUAUCAGUAAUAAAAAAGUUUAAAUCCUAAAAUGAAAGGAAGUAUUUUGUGUUUUUCAAAACUGUCUCUCCCAACAAAAUUUUAGGAAUUUCUUAGUGUAAAACAUUAUAGCAUAAGUUAAUAAAAUUAUAUGGUUUAAGUUAAAACUGGAAACUAUUUAGUAAAUUCCUACAAUGUUUCAUUCGGUUUGGUUAAAUAUUUCUAUAGUGAGAAGGAAAAAAAAAAAUUGAGGAUGUUAAUGACACCCUACUGGUCCAGAAGUGAUUAAUGAAAGCUUGUAUGAGUUUAUAGGGUCUGCAUAUUUUAAUGUUAUAAAACUGGUAUCUCUCUUGCUUUUUCUGGAGAGAGAAAUGUUUCUUAUACUCCAAAAAAAACAACAACACAGGUUUACUCAAAACUAAAGUUUUUGUGGACCAGUACAGCUUAGCAUUUCAUCAAAGUGUUAAUUAGAUUUGGAAUAAAGUCUAGCACAGGUAAAAAUUUAAAUGUUUUAAAGUUCUAUUUCCCUGUAUCAAAAUAUAAUUCCAAGGUGAUGAAUGUUUGUACAGAACUUGAUAGUAAGAAAUUAUAUUAUAAAUGUCAUUAAAUGACUAUGACUUAAAGGUUUAAAAAAUGUUCUAUUUUGUCUGUGUAAGAAUUAAUUUUUUAUCUACUUCCACAAAUUUUAUCACAAUAUGUAUUUAUUUAUAUAAUACAUAGCUUUUUCUUGAGCUUUAUUGCUAAGCUUUGUUUCGUUUCAAAUACAUUGAUUCUGUGAACAUUUUUAUCUGUAACCUAAAUUGACAAAAUUUAUUUUGAGAGCUAUUGCACAAACAUUUUUUAUGUUAUAGAGUUGUUAUUUGAUCUGUAAAUUGUGUUUAACUCCUCCCCCUGCCAUGGGUACAUAAUGUGUCCUCCUCUAGAGCAGCAUUUCUCAAUCUUUUUGAUGCUAGGGACUGGCUCGCUAUGUCCCUAAACUAUUGUGGAUCAAGUACAACGAAAAUUCCACGGACUGUCACUGGUCCUUGGACUGAUGGCUGAGAAACACUUUUCUACAGCACCACUGUGUGAGUUUGGAAGUUUAUUUGUUUCACCACAAAGAAGAAAGGGUAAAUAUGAAAACAAUUAAAACAGCACAAAUAUUUAAAAAAAAACAGUGAUGUCCACUCUAUAGGUUAUUGUUGUCAUAUGCAAAUAAAGAGAAACAUUUAAUGAUUUCAUAAUGUCCUUUACAAGUAUAAGAUAGCUUUGGAGGUAUUAAAUUUAGAAGUGACGUAUUUUGGUGGUCUAAAUGCUGUUUAUGAAAUUGGUACAUAGAACUCUGCAAUAUUCUUAUGGUACGUUUUCUUGUUUGGAAUUCUCGCUAGCGAAUAAAAACUAGUAGUGACAACAUUUUUACUUGUAAGAGCAAACAUUGCUAUAAAUUUUGGUGUUAUUUUUCUAUGAUUCUGUAAUUUUUUUUUAAUUUCUUGUGAGUUUUAAGUGAUUUCUCAAACAUGGUUUCAUCUGUGGCGGGCUGGAUUAUAAAAUCUGAACAGUUCUUCAACAAAACGGAUAUUUAUCUACCAAGAAUGAUUCAUUCCAAACUAAACAAAUUUUCUUAUAGUUGUUUGAAUUUUGUUUUCAUUUUGAUGUAUUUUGUUUUACAUAUUUUCUGUGAUUUCUAUAGCCAAAUUCAGUAAAGAAAGCUAAAAAAUAUUAAAGUAAAAUUCAAGACUUGGAGACUUUGUCAGCAACAUUGUGGCUUGAUAGAACAACAAAGUAUAUCACUAGGUGGAAGUUGAUUUUUUUUUUUUUUUUAAAUGCAGGUAAAGUAAUGUUACAUAAGAGAUUUUACUUUAUGUGAUUGUAAAUUAUAUGUUUUGAAAUAAAAUGUUAUCCCUAGUAAACUGCAGUAAAUUAAUAUGAACAGACUGUAUCAUUAUUACAAUGAGUAAAGUUCUAAUGUUUUGAAAUAGCAAACUGUGCAGGGUUUACAAAAAUUGUUCACUUGUGUUUCAGUACUUAAUGUAACUUUUGAACACCCUUCCUACCUUUCUUUGGAUUACUUAGAUGAUCGAGAACCUACAUAGUUGCUUGAACAAAGUAGUCCCACGUAUUUUAUAUAAUUUUACAACUGAACUUGUUUAGUAAUGAAAUAUUUUGGUAUAUGAGUGUAGUUUAUAUUAGUUCUAUUGUUGUAUAUUUAGUUAAAAUGUUUAGUUUGGUUUCGUAUUAAUGAAACUUGAGUAAAAGAUAUAUGUACACAUCUUGUUUAAAAAAAAGGCAAAAGACGAGGAUGUCAAAUAUGUAGUUAAAAGUAUAUGGUACACCAUGAGUGGCUAGAGCCACCUAGGAAUAGCCUGGCCUGGUGCUGUUAUGUGUCAUUUGAUAUGGGAACACCCAGUUUUCUCUGGCAGUCUUCUAAGUUUAAUGGUAAACAGUGGACUUUGUUUUGUCGGAGAUCUAGCCGAAGUACAUUAUCAUUAAUUAUAGUCCAUGAUUGUGUAGCUCUCCCAACAUGGUAUCGUUGCUCCUAGUACCACAUUCCAGCAUAACUGUGUGUUGUGGAACAUUCUCUUCAUCUGCUCUAAAAAAGCAGCAAAGUAAAGUUAUGGUAGUUUUGAUUUUUUUGUUGUUUUGUUUUCUAUUAUGUACCUUCUACUAAAUUGGUAAAGUUGUGUACAUUACCAGAGCUAUAACAGAAUAAAUAAUUUUUUUAAAAGUUAA